AUGCACCAUUUCCAACUCUUUCUAGAGUUGUCGGAAACAUCAACACAAAACACACAGUCGCUGGAGGAAGAACAGAGUACUCCUCUGGGAAUUGCUUCUCCCCCGGGAUGCUUUGAGCCUAGUUCUCGCUAUCUCAGAAAAAAGGGCAACGAAGACUUGAUUCACUACUCUAUGGUGGUCCAAGAAUCAACAAGCUCGGACAAGCCUUUCGACAGAAAAAGACCACAACACCAAUAUCCCAUGAGAUUAGGACUUGUUAUUCAUGGGAUAAUGUUUCAGCUUUUUCCGUUGGUUUCAGUUCAUGUAAAGGCUAUAUAG